CACUCACCAAAGUUGCUUAGCUUGCGAUCGCAUCCUCUUUAGUUAUGCGAGCUUAAAUUGCCACAGUUUGAAUUAAAGAAAAAAAAAGUAGCGUAUUACACAGAAGACCGCAAGGACGAGUUCCCAUUUGUUACGUUCCCUCCUUAGUCUAGGGGUUGGGGAGGAAGUAACAAAAAAAAAGAGAGAAAGAGAGAGAAAAAGAAAGGGGAGAAAACAAUCACCAGUAUACACAAUAUACUUUAUGCCACGGGAUGUAACAGUAGGUGUUAGAGAUGGAGUGAGAGAGUCAGUCAUUUCAGAUCCGCAGUGCAAAUUCUCUCCCAAAUCUGUACAGCACAGCUGUCUGACACUCACCCUCAUGGGAAAGAGAAAGUAAAAGCUACGGGAAGUUUUACAGGAAAUUGUUAACGGCGGUUGAGAGCAGAACCUCCUAAACUCAUCAACUUUAUCUAAAUCACAAGAAAUAUUCUUCCAGAUCCAAGAAAAUCUGCAGACACUCAGCAAGAGUCUUACAGGCAUCAUGACCCUCCUUUAUAUUUACAUCUUAUGGGUCGCUGCCUGUGUGGAUUCCAUCAGUGCAGAUUCUCACAUUACUGUAUCAGCUCGAGUGGGUUCCACAGCCGUCCUGCCAUGUAACCUGAGAAAGGAGUUCACCAAAACACCACAUGUUCGAUGGCACAUCGGUGUUGAGGUUGUGUUUGAGCGAAGCAGUAAUGGUACGCAAAUAGACCCAGGAUAUGAAGGACGUGUGGACAUUCCUGAAAACGAGCUGCGUAAAGGAAACUGUUCCCUGGUGUUGAAGAAUGUCAGAAUCACUGAUGACGGUGCCUAUAAAUCCUUUGUGGUGGAACACGUGGACAGAACUAACACAAGCAAAACACAAGAAAUCAGCAGGGUUGAACUCUCAGUCGAUGCUUUUCAGAUAUCUGCUCAAGUGGGUUCCACAGUUGUCCUGCCAUGUGAAUGGAGCGAUCUGUCCAUCCAAACACCUCACGUUCAGUGGUAUAUCGAUUCUGAGAUUGUGUUUGAGCGAAAGGGUAAAGACUCAUUACAGGGUGAGAGAUAUGAGGGUCGUGUGGACGUUCCUGAGGACGAGCUGCUUAAAGGAAACUGUUCCCUGGUGUUGAAGAACUUCAGUGCUACUGAUGCUGCUGUCUACAGAAGCUCCAUGGUAGUGAAACAGAAAAACAGAAAAUUGGUCCAGGAAGUUGAACUCUCAGUCUACGAAAAUCCUGAAAAGAGGGAAGAGGAGCCAUCAGGUGAAGCUGGAAUAAAUUGCCCUCACCCGCUGAUCUUCAUCAUUUCCCUCUUUAUGUGUUUUCUCUUCUCACGUUGAGGAAACAUCAGCGUGAUCUCUCUGAGUACAGAGACUGAUUUAGGAAAAAGAAACAAGGAAGAUUUCAGUGUCUUUCAUCUACAUUGUCAACAAGUGAACAACUGUGAGGUUCAUGAGAACAUUUCUGACCCACAUAAAGCUGUGAUGCUGAAACACCACAAUAUCAGCACAUGAGAAAGACACUGUAUGACUAAGAGCAUCAUACAAUCACAGCUCCUAACAGUUGUUGGCUUCUCCUGUCUGCUUUGUCUGUUUUUUUAUAUAUUGGUUAUACUUUUUAGUGCAGAUGAGAGUAGUGUCUAAAGGUGUUGAUUUGAUUUGGAGGCAUUUAUUUGGUCUCCACUGAUUCUUAUUUCACUGCCUUUGAGCAGGUGCCAGCUUCUUUACACUGACCCAAAUACACAACUUUAAUUUACUCCACAGUGUAAAUUAACCAGUAAAGUUCAAGGAGUGUGUUCAUAAAGCGUUCUUAAGUGUGGAAUAAAGCCUGCAUUAUGAUAAGU